CGCCGCGGAGUGGUCGCUUGGGGCAGCUGCCGGGCCACCAUGGCGCAAGACUGGGAUCUGGGCCGCCGGCGGAGAUACACGCAGGACAGCAUGGAUUUCCCACGGGAUUUUGAUCACCGGUCGGAACACUACAGGAGAGGGUCUCUCUGCGAUCGGCACUGCUUGGCCUUGAACAACCCCCAGGGAGACCUGGGGGACCUCCACUCUGGGUCCCACCAGCAUGGCAUCCUCACUCCCCGUAUCCUCCCAGUGAUUUCCAACAAUUCCUUCUGCCCUCUGCAUUCCGAGGAAGUGCAGACCUGCGAUACCUGCGUGACGAAAACCACCCUCACGGCUGAGAAUGAAGUGGAGGCCCACAAACUCUCCAACAACUACAUGUUCGGCUUUAAGAAGUGGAAGAGUCACGUGACCGCCAGGCCGUGGGCCAACCGUUCCGAAAUCGUGAAAGAGCUCUACUCCGACCUGAACGUCAUUAAAAGCUCUGCAGGCCAUAACGUCACCUGCACCAACCUCUGCUACGUGCUCUUUUUCGGGUGGUGGCUCUUCGUGAUCUACGUGCUCAUCUCUGUCCUGAUGUUCCUCACCGUGGUGGGGGCGCCGUACGGAAAACUAUGUUGGAAACUUGCGGGUUACUUCUUCUGGCCUUUUGGAAUAGCAAUUCAGAAGACCCAAAGGCACCAUCAGAAUAGCCACGUGAGGUUCAGCAAGUACGACACCAUCGCAGAAGUCAAUGAGAGCAAGGAAGGGACUCCCCUGCUCAUCCGGCAGGAGCCGGCUCGCAAGGAGGACUCCUCUGUGUCUCACUGGAGGCGUUUCAACACCUACGUCUGGCUCGUCUUGGGUUACCCCGUCCUCUUCUUGGCCCACGCGUUGGUCUGCUGCGUCUCCUGGAGUUUGGUCUUCACCAUCCCGUUGUCCAAGAUGAACGCCCGCGUGAUCUCCAAGGUCUUGCUGCUGCCCCCGGAGCAUGUCCUUGUGCGGCGUGUGCGGAAGACGGAGGUGACCCAAGAUGCUGAAGUGAUUCUCUGCUGUUACCGCUCAUUUAACCCUUACUAUUACAAAUACGCCGUCGAAGGGAUCAAUGUUUUUGCUGUCAACCUGUUUGCCCUGGUAGUCGUGACGCUAGUGCUGGGCUACGCCGACAAGCACAACCAGUACACCAGCUCCAUAGUGAAGUUCACCUUGGCGCUCGUCUCCAUAAUGCCCCUCUCCUACUACAUCGGCAUGGCGAUUGCCAGCAUCUCUGCCCAGAGCAACUUCGCGGUGGGGGGUGUAAAUGCCACGUUUGGCUCCAUCACCGAGCUGACGUUCUACAUCACGGCGCUCAUCAAAGGCACCCGGGAAAAGAACAAGUGCUAUGAGGAAAUCGUCAAGUCCGCUUUGACAGGGACCCUCCGCUGUGUCCUUUUCAUCCCGGGCCUGUGCAUGGUGAUUGGCGGCACCCGACACCAAGAGCAGAGAUUCAACAGCCGGUCGGCCGGGGUCAGCUCGGCCCUUCUUUUCCUGUCUGUGGGAGGUGUAUUUGCGCCCACCCUCUUCUCCAAAGUGUACGGGCGGCUGGUCUGUGGGGAAUGCCAGAAUGUCACCCAAGAGCCCACAGGCCACUACGUCUGCCAGAACUGCCACGUCGAUUUGACGAAGAACAACGGGACCCUCCACUACAGUCAUGUUCAGCCCCUGGUGUACACAGUGUCGAUCCUGCUCCCCGUGGCGUAUCUCAUUGGGCUAAUGUUCACCCUGAAAACUCACUCCCACAUCUAUGACAUCCACAUCAGCGACUGCCACAUGCCCGGCCGCGGCCACCACCACCCAGUGGUCCACUGGUCCCGCUUGAGGGCCCUCGUCAUCCUCUUGGUGUCCACCAUGUGCAUGUCGGCCUGCGCUGACCUGGCCACGGAGCACAUCAGCCCCAUCCUCAGCAGCUCGACAAUCUCGCAGUAUUUCAUUGGGGUGACGGUGCUUGCCAUGGUGCCGGAGAUUCCAGAGAUCGUCAAUGGGAUCCAGUUUGCCUUGCAGAACAAUAUCAGCUUGAGCAUUGAAAUCGGAAACUGCAUUGCUGUCCAGGUUUGCAUGUUGCAGAUUCCCAUCGUGGUGCUUUUCACCGUCUUCUAUCCGACCGAUUUCGUCCUAGUCUUCAGUGACCUCCACGUCUAUGCCAGCAUGUUCAGCGUUGUCCUGAUGAACUACAUCUUUAUGGAUGGCAAAUGUGAUUAUUUCCAAGGGACCGUUCUGGUCAUGGUCUAUUUCAUCCUCCUGGCCGUCUACUUCUUCUCCCCUUCCCCGGCGGGAUGCUAAGCUGUAGCUCCGAAAGCCUUCGCGUUCCCCAAUCUGCUUUGGGAAGGCAGCUGCUCCUGCCGUGAAGCGGUUCUCCUUCCAAGAAAGGUUUUUCUCUCAGGGACUUCUCAGCUUGGCCGUGGCCUUUUUUAAAAAGCACAAAGUGGGGUGAAGGACCCCACCACCCCCGUUUUGAACCUGCCGGCUCCACCGGCGUUUCAAAGGCAAAUGUGGGGUUGGAACUGGAAGGAAAAAGAAAAGCUAAAGCACCAACCCACCCGGCACUGGAGAACUUCACUGGCCCCAAGAAGGAACCGGGAUGAAGGAAAAGCAACGCUCUUUCGGUGCGCACCACAGGUUCCUGAGGCCCAGAAAUCUCCCGUGUUGGCUGGUCUGUACUGUUGACUGAUAACAUAGCGAUGUGUUAACAAUGACUACCUCAUGUUACUGACGGCGACUUCAAAGGAAAAGUCCUUUAGAUUUUUCAGCAUGGUAAAGGAUACCCUUUUGAUGCGUCUUUUGCAGUUUGCCAUUAAAGAAAACCCCUUUUGUACUGAC